AUGCCAGGCAUUAGGAUGCUGCGGCAAGCUGUGGGCCAGGUGCUGCAGAGCCCCGCCUGUGGCUGUGGGACGGCUGCUCUGCCUGGCCGGGUCCUGGGCACCUCCUCUUGGCAAAUUCCAGCAGAUGCCGACUUCCACUCUGUCUCUUUCUCUGAAACAGACCUGCCACGGGUCUUAAUUACAGGGGGUCUUGGCCAGCUUGGAGUGGGGCUUGCUAACUUGUUGAGGAAAUGAUUUGGGAAGGACAAUGUGAUUUUGUCUGACAUAAGGAAACCCUCUGAUCCCGUGUUCCAUAGUGGCCCAUUUACUUAUUCUGACAUUCUGGAUUAUAAGAAUCUUCGAGAGAUUGUGGUAAAUCACCGCAUCACCUGGCUGUUUCAUUAUAGCGCUUUGCUCAGUGCAGCGGGAGAAGCAAACGUGUCCUUGGCAAGAGCCGUAAAUAUCACUGGGUUGCAUAAUGUUCUGGACGUCGCCGUGGAACACAAUCUGCGAUUGUUUGUGCCCAGCACGAUUGGAGCUUUUGGACCCACUUCUCCCCGGAACCCGACCCCGGAUCUCUGCACUCAGAGACCCAGGACCAUCUACGGGGUAUCCAAGGUCCACGCCGAGCUCAUGGGAGAAUAUUAUUAUUACCGGUAUGUAGAUUUCCGAUGCCUGAGAUAUCCUGGCAUCAUUUCAGCUGACUCCCAGCCUGGAGGAGGAACAACUGACUACGCAGUCCAGAUUUUCCAUGAUGCUGUAAAGAAUGGCAAAUUCGAGUGUUAUCUGAAACCCAGCACGAGGCUGCCAAUGAUGUACAUUGAUGACUGCCUCAGGGCCACCCUGGAGGUCAUGGAGGCCCCGGCAGAGUCCCUCUCCAUGAGGACCUACAACAUCAAUGCCAUGAGCUUCUGCCCCGAGGAACUGGCCCAGGAGCUUCUCAAGCACAUACCGGAAUUCCAGAUCACGUACAACGUGGACUCUGUUCGACAGGACAUAGCGGAUAGGUGGCCAAUGAACUUUGAUGACAGCAAUGCUCGGAAGGACUGGGGGUAGAAACAUGAUUUUGACCUUCCAGAGCUGAUGACGACAAUGUUGAACUUCCAUGGUUCCAACAGUCGGGUUGCUCGAGCUAACUGA